UCGGCUGCAUGCAAUUAAUUAAGGUUUGGAGUUUCAGUUUCGCAAUCAAUCAUGCAAAGCACACUCGACAGGAAGAUGGUGGCCUUCUUCCAAUCCGACACCUUCACAUCCUUCGUCGACACAUUGGUCGAUGACAUAGAGGAAUCGAUCGACUACAUUGCUGCCGAAGCAGCUGCGCUAUACGCGCUGAUCGGUAAACUGAUCAUUCGCCCUCUUUUACCCGCCAAACCCAUCGGCCGCCUGCUGCUAGAGAUCGCGUGCUUGCAAGUAGCCCUCCUCUUGAGACACUUCUACGAUUAUAACGACGACGACGAUAUCUGGAACUGGCUCUUCUGCUUGAUGAUCGCCGUCAGUUUUCAGGUUUACGCCGCGAUUUACGGUGGUGUUUGGGAUGCUCUGUUUGUCGUGCUGAUGCAGAGCCUUGUUUGCUGGAUGCCUGCGGAUAGCUUCAUCGUCACGGCGGUGGGGAUAGAGUGCUGUGCUUUCCUUAUUGCUCGAAGAUAUUACCGAUCUCCUCCUCCUACUCACAAAUGCGAAGAAGAAGAAGAAGAAGAAGAAGAAGAAGAAGAAGAAGAAGAAGAUGAUGAAUCAUUGUGAGUUUCCCGUAAUGUAACCGUUGAUUCGUAGUAAUUAAUGAGUUUUUCUCCAUUACUUUGUUAGGUUCAGGUUGUUGUUCGUUCUGAUUACGAGUGAAGAAAAAACUAGCUUGUAACGGAAAAUGAAAGAUUGGACGUACUUUCAGUUGGUUUUGUAAUUUGUGGUAUAAUGUUUAUAUAUUUCGACAUUUAAUAGAUUGUGUCGGGAGUCGAACCAACCAAGGGUGUUCAAAUGGUUACCGUGGUAAUAACCAAAUCAAUUAGGCUUAAAUUUCAUUAAUCAUGGAAUAAAAUGUCUUAACCAGA